UCUCUACCCCGCCCCCUCCCUCCCCCAUCCCCCCGAAUUGGUGAUGCCAUGGCUGGCAGAUCGGGCCACGGCCUCAGCCGCAACAGCGACCCCUACGCCGUGGUCGACCUCGGGCCGCAGUCCGCCGCGUGGCUGGACGACCCGCCCCCAGGCCCGCUGUCCACGCGCAGCGACGGCCGCUUGGGCUCACUGGAGGGCAGCCCGCGCAGCGGCGAGAGGCGGCCAGGCGGCAGCCGCGCGCGCGAGGCCUCUAAGGCGCGGGAGUCGUCCAGGCCGCCGGACGACGGGCGCACCCGGAAGGCGCGCAGCAGGCCCCCAGCCUCGGAGCCUGGAGGUCUCGACUCGCCGCUGGGCGCCAGCGGCUCUGCGGGCGCGAGGGUUACUCGGGUGGGGGUGGCGCCCGCCGCAGGCGGCGCCGCGCCCAGACAGGGCAUCGCGCCGCCCGGGGCGCCCGCCGCGCAGAGGGGCGGGGACGUGUCGCCGGCCUCGAGUACCAUGGAGGUGUCCGACUCUGCGGUGACCGGCGGCGCCGCCGCCCCGAACACGUUUGCCAGUGCUUUCUCGAUGUUCACGGGCGCCUUGUCGGAAGCCGCAGGCACCGCCUCCGCGGCCGAUGCCGGCGCGGCUGCGCUGGCACCGACUCCAGCCGCCGCCCCCCGGAGCUUGGCACCGGCGGCGGGCGCGGCGGCGAGGGCGCCAGCAGUUGCAAGCAUCGCGCCCGUGGCGGGCGGCGUUGCCCCCGCGGCGGGUAGCAUCGUUCCCAAGGCUGGGUUCGCACCCGCGGCGGCAGGAGUUGCGCCCGCGGCGGGCGGCGUCGCGCCUGUGGCGGGCGGCGUCGCGCCCGCGGCUGGAAUUGCGACAGCUGGUGCGGCGCGCGCAGCGGCGGGCGUGGCACCCGUCGCUGGCAUGGCGACCCCAGCCAAGGCGCGCGCGAGCCUGGCUCCUGUCGCAGGGGCCGCAAAGGCCGCCGCCGUGGCCCCGGCCCGCGCCCCCGCGGCAACCAAUCGCCCCGCGGGCGAUAGCGAUUACGACGACGAUUUCGAGGAACCGGCAGAGAUGCCGGCCACAGGGGCCAGCUUCUCGCGGCCUGGCGUGGCCGGGGGGCCGACGUCGUCAAUUGCCAUGAAGAGUGUGGCGCCGUUGGGCGUUGGCGGCUCGGCCGCACCGAGGUCUCUCGCUCCAGUCGCCGGCGCCCAGGCAACCAGCUCGGCUACCUCGCCGGUUGCGCCGCCGGCGUCAACGAUGGCUCGUGAGGCGGAGGAGCCUGGGGAGGCGCCCGCGCCCACGCCCGCGACGCCUUUGACGCCAGCCGUCCCAGCAGCGGGUGCCCUGCAGCAGGGGCAGCCAAGCCAGCAGCCUCCUCGGGCCGAAGCUGCGCCGGCAGUCGCCGCCACAACGGCCAGCCUUUCCGCUGCUGCGGCUGGCCCCUCUGCCACGCUUGGGGGGACGGCGGGCAUGGCUGCCGUGACGGCUGCGCCUGCACAGGCGAUCGGUCCAGUAGCCGCCCCAGCCGUAUCGGCGUCAGUAGCCGCGCCAGUCGUGUCGGCAGCCAGGCCGAGCGGGCCGAGCCCGGUUGUGGCUGCGCCAGAGGCGCGACCAGUUGUAGAUGCGGUCUCGGUCUCAGCGGCCCCAACGGUCAUGUCACCUACCGCAGGGAAGCAAGUGCGGCAACUCAGCGCGCUGAAGCCGGCCGCGGCCCUACCCGCAGGCACAGGAGCACAGCCGCAGCAGCAUCCCCAGUCCACGUUGCGUCCUCCGCUGGCGCCGCACAUCGCCACCCCAGCGUCUCCAGUAGCACCAGUACCGUCGACAGCAGCAGCGCAGGCUGACAUGCUGCCCACAAGCGGGGUGAACCAGCAACAGCAGCAGCAGCAGCAGCACGGCUCACAGCAAGUUCAACAGCAGGACCAUCAGCAGAUACCUCAACAGCAGCUUCCGGUCCACCCUCAGCAGCUGCAGCAGCAGCAGCAGCAGACCCCAGUCCAUCAGCAUUUGCCACCGCAACACCUGUAUCAACAGCCACCAGCCCAGCCUCAGCAGCAGCUGCAGCAGCAGACCCCAGCUCAUCAGCAUAUGCCACCGCAACACCCGCAUCUACAGCUACCAGCCCAGCCUCAGCAGCAGCUGCAGCAGCAGCAGCAGCAGACCCCAGUCCAUCAGCAUUUGCCACCGCAACACCCGCAACAACAGCUACCGGUCCAGCAUCAGCAGCAGCUGCAGCAACAGCAGACCCCAGCUCACCAGCACUUGCCACAGGAGCAUCAGUUGCCGCAACAGUUGCCUCAACAUUUGCCUCAGUGGCAGCAGCAGUCGACGCAAAGGCCAGCGCAGGAGCCUGAACGGGAACCUACGAUCGAUGGCAGCAGCUUGCAGUGGCACGGCCAACAGCAGCAGUCGCAACAUCUGGUGAAGCAGCCACAGCAGCUGCAGCAGCCCUUUCAGCAGCCUUUGCAGCAGUCAAUGCACCAGCAGGCGCCUCUCCCCUACCAGCAGCCACAGCUCGCUUGUGCGGUGUCCCCGCAGCUCCAUGCAGCCCAGCCGUCUGCCGCCACGGACGACGCCCUACUGACCAGCCUGGUGUCUGGAGCGCCAGCGCGGCCCGGGGCGGCUCCGGGCAUGCCCAGCCCGUUGGCAGUGGCGCAGGACGAUCUGGUGCUGCGGAUGCUGAUGGGCGGUCGCGAUGCACUGGGCCUCACCCAGGGGGCCAAGAAGCAGCGGCCGCGGUCCGCGUGCGGACGCAGGCUCAAGGCGGACGUCCACAGGCGGGAGGACGUGCAGCGGAUCUACCGCUCGCUCGGCCAGGCGGACUGCUCGCUGCAGCGGGACAUGCAGGUGGGCGCGUCCUACCUGCCCCGCGGCAGCCGGCUGCUCCGGGAGGGCCCCGUCAAGAGGGGCAGGCCCCUGAAGGCCGCCCUGGAGGCCAUCUGUCUGCCAGCCUCGCUGCUCUUCGAGGCGCCGCCGAAGGACGCGUGGGAGGCACCCCGCGCACACAAAGCCCGUGGCGCUGCAGCCGCAGACGCGGCGGCUGGACUGCUUCACGGGGUCGCCUCGUACGACUGGUGCUGUCCGCUCCCGUGCUGCCGCGCUCCGUACCCGGUGCAGGCGCCCAUCGAGACGACCGCGCGGGCGUUGCUGGCACGGCUGGUGCCCGAGAUCGUGGAUUUCGAGCCUCCUGCCACCGACCUCUGGACCGGGAAUUGCGGCCUGCAGGAUACUGCCCGCGCGCGGAGGGGCGACCCGGAGCUGGUGGAGGGCGCGCCGCCCUGCACGGCGCUGGCAGACGAGCAGGGCCACGAGCUGGACGAGUACAGGGCGCCGAGCGACGGCUUCGGUUGCGGCCAGUGCGGCGCGCACAUCGAGACGUCGGACACGAUGCGCGGCUGUAUCGAUUGCCGGUUCUUCGUGUGCAUGCCCUGCUUCGCGCGCGCCCUGGACGGCGGCGGCUUCGACCUGCGGCCGCUGCCCCCGCCGCACGAGCUGCGCCGGCAGCGCGAGAGGCAGGACCGCGAGCGUACCCUGCGCGCACUGGUCGACUCCGCCCCUGGCCACUUCGACCUGUCACCCGUCCUGCACUUCGGCAGGGUUCGCCGUCGGCCCCCGAUGCACGGAAAGGAGCGGCCGGAGGAUGCCAGGUUGCUGCGGCGCGGGCCAUCGGGGGAGCUGGUGCCGCUGGCGGACCCCUACGGUUUGGGCGGGCUACGCGCGCGCUGCGCUUCUGCACGCGGGCGCGGAGGGUUGCGCCACGGCCAAGGAGAGGGACAAGACGCUCCACGAGGCCCGUGACGCCCUGCUGGCGGCGCUGGGCGGGGAAGCGCUGGGCGCGGGCGCGGCGCCGGCCUGCGCCGGCAGGCGGCCGCCCGCCGCCGCCGGGAGGCAGCCCGGCCAGACGCCGCCGCCGGCGUGCGCGCCGACGACCCGCGGGUGCUGUACCUGCUCGGGCUCGUCCUCUGCGACCUGGGCGCCUUCUCGGAAGCCCAACGGCUGUACCGGCAGGUGCUCGGGAAGCUGCCGAUGGCGCACUUCGGGCGGGCGGUACACUUCAACCUGGCCUGCCUCCAUGCCGUGCAGUGCCGCCCCUCUGAGGCGGAGCGCGCGCUGAGGGACUUCCGGCGCAGCUGCCAGGACUUCAGCCCCGUGGGCGCCGCGGGCGCAGGCAGCCCCUGCGAGCUCUGCGGCGCCCCCGUGCGCCCGUGACCCUCGCCCGCCGCGCGGGGCCGGCCGCCGCGGAGCCGGGCGCGGGGAGGGCGCUGGGCGGCGCGGGGAGAGCGGCGCGGCAGGCCUCGG